AUGAAAUUUAUUGACUUCGAUCUCCACUUAAAGCCCUUCCCCAUUGCUUGCAACUCCACCAAAACGAAGCAUUUAACCCGACAAAACAGUCGACCUAUCGGUGAAGAAGUGGAGUAUGGGCUCUCGACCUUACUAGGCGUUUUAAUUGCGUUAGAUCGUCUUUGGGACACGCCACUUCCGCUUCCGUCGCUCUUCAUUCCGGAUACACAAUAG